AUGAAGACCCAGGCCGCUGGAGCCGCUGCGAAAAAGGACCACUUCGGAGAACUCGUCUCAGCCGACAAACGAACUCUUUGGAAACCAGCUCUAGUGGAACUCGCCGACAAAACGGAGAAGUGCUGGAAAAAUCCUGCUGCCUACAGGACGGUUCGUCUUCGCAUAAGCAUGUUGUCUGUCAAUGAACGAAUGGAGACCAUGGAAGACAAACUGCUUCUUGCUAGCAGAGGUGGAGCCGGAAAGAGAUGCGAAGCAAUGGAAAAGUACGAAAAACUUGGAAAAAUCGGUGAAGGAUCGUAUGGGGUCGUCUACAAGUGUAGAAAUCGAGAUAAUGGACAGAUCGUCGCCAUAAAGAAAUUUGUCGAAACAGAAGACGAUCCACAAAUUAAAAAGAUUGCUUUAAGGGAAAUUCGAAUGUUGAAGCAAUUGAAGCAUCCAAAUCUCGUUACAUUGUUGGAGGUCUUCAAACGGAAUCGCAAACUUCAUCUGGUUUUCGAGCACUGUGACCGCACUGUACUGCACGAUCUGGAGAAGAACCCGAAUGGUGUGCCCGAUGAAAUGACGAAGAAAAUCACGUGGCAGUUGUUGGAGGCAUUGCGAUUUUGCCAUUCACAUAAGUGCAUACAUAGAGAUGUUAAACCGGAAAAUAUUUUGCUCACGAAGAAUGACGUGGUCAAGUUGGCUGAUUUUGGCUUUGCACGAAUUAUUAGUGAGAUUUAA